UUCAAUUCCUUCGCUUGACGUUGUUGUUGUAAGUGGUGGAGAAAUUACUUUGUCAGUGGUGGUCCGGUUUGGGGUUUUACGAUUAGUUCUCCCUGUGAAGAUGCUGAAAAGUUAGGAAUUGUUGGUCUUGCAAACGUAUACGCUACUCACAAGCUGAUACCUGCUGCAAAACUAAAUGGGACGAUGAGAAAAACAUCUGCGAGGCCGCUCAAGGUGUGGCUGGUAGAGUAGCACAAGGUAGAGGACUGGAUCCCCUCUCCCCUUCCCCUGCUGUCCUGUCAGGGAGAGCAGAGUCCUCGUUAUUUUUAUUUUUUUUUCCUGUCCUGACACAACCUGCAAACUUGUGAAUUCAUGAUCACAUGACCGUGGAUAUGGACGCAGUCCUGUCCGACUUUGUCCGUUCCACUGGAGCUGAACCAGGAUUGGCCAGAGAUCUGCUCGAGGGCAAGAACUGGGAUUUCACAGCUGCCCUCAGUGACUUUGAGCAGCUACGACAGGUGCAUGCUGGGAACCUGACGUAUUCUUUCACAGAAGACAGGACAUAUCUGCCUCCUGAAAAGGAGAUGGCAAGGGUAGGGAGGCCUAUUCUCCACCGCCAAGAUGAGGUGGUGCAAGCUACAGAAAAGCGUCUGUCGAGGGGCAUUUCCCACGCCAGUUCAACCAUCGUGUCCUUGGCCCGCUCUCAUGUCUCAAGCACUGGAGGUACCAGUAGUGAGCCACUUCUGGACACCCCCCUGUGCACUUUCCAACUACCAGACCUCACCGUGUACAGAGAUGACUUCCGUGGCUUCAUCGAAAGGGACCUUAUUGAGCAGUCAAUGAUGGUGGCCUUAGAGCAUGCUGGGCGGCUGAACUGGUGGACAAAAGUGGUUUCAAACUGUCAGAGCCUGCUGCCUCUGGCGACGAGCGGAGACGGAAAUUGCCUGUUACACGCAGCCUCACUUGGUAUGUGGGGUUUUCAUGACCGAGACCUUAUGCUGCGCAAGUCUCUGUACGCGCUGAUGGAUCACGGGUUGGAGAGGGAGGCUCUGAAGCGCAGGUGGAGGUGGCAGCAGACCCAGCAGAACAAAGAGUCUGGUUUGGUGUACACAGAGGAGGAGUGGCAGAAAGAGUGGAAUGAACUGUUGAAGUUAGCCUCCAGUGAGCCGAGAAUACACUACAGCACCAACGGCACCAGCGGGGCGGAGUCCUCAGAUGAACCAGUUUAUGAGAGUUUGGAGGAGUUUCAUGUCUUUGUCUUGGCUCACGUCCUCAGAAGGCCCAUAGUGGUGGUGGCCGACACCAUGCUGAGGGACUCUGGAGGAGAGGCCUUUGCUCCCAUCCCGUUCGGAGGCAUCUACCUACCACUGGAAGUGCCAGCUGCCAAGUGCCAUCGCUCGCCCCUGGUCCUGGCAUACGACCAGGCGCACUUUUCUGCCCUGGUCUCCAUGGAGCAGAAAGACAGCUCCAAAGAGCAAGCAGUAGUGAUUCCUCUCACUGACUCAGAGCAUAAAAUGCUGCCGUUGCAUUUUGCUGUGGACCCUGGGAAAGACUGGGAGUGGGGCAAGGAUGACACAGACAACGUGAUGCUGGCGAGUGUGGCUCUUUCUUUGGAGGCCAAGCUCCAAAUGCUGCACAGCUACAUGACGGUCACCUGGCUGCCCCUGCCCUGUGAGCAAGCCCCUCUGGCCCAGCCUGAGUCUCCCACAGCAUCGGCAGGAGAGGAUGCCCGCACACCUCCUGACUCAGGAGAGUCAGACAAGGAGUCAGUCAGCAGCAGCUCCAAUGGCAAUGGAGACACAACCACAGGAUCAGCAGUUAAUGGAAGUGGAUCCUUGGCCAAAAACAGCUCCUCUUCCUCAUCUAGUUCCUCGAGCAAUGGGUCAGCAGGGGUGACAACAGGAGCAGCGGGCAAGGACAAAACCAAGAAGGAAAAGGACAAAGAUAAAGACAAGAAAAGGGCAGACUCUGUGGCCAACAAGCUUGGCAGUUUUGGCAAGAGCCUGGGCAGCAAGCUGAAGAAAAACGUGGGCGGACUGAUGACAGGCAAGAACGCUGGAGCUGGAGGUGUCAAGCAGGAAGGUGGGGAGAAGAAGAAGGGCUCGUUUAGGGGGAGGAAGGGCAGUAAGGAUGGCUCGCCAUCGGCACACACCUCAGAGGAUUCUGGGAAAGGCUCUCCCUCCUCAGGUAGCGAACGCCUCAACGGAACAGGGAGCAGUAUGAGCAGCAGUGGUGGGAGCAGUACUGAGUGCGAUACAUACAAGUACAGCGCCGAUGUCAAGGUCAGCCUGGGCAUCCUGCGAGCAGCCAUGCAAGGUGAGAGGAAAUUCAUCUUUGCCAGCCUUCUCACUACCAGCAACCGGCAGCCCUUCCAGGAGGAGAUGAUCCAGCGUUACCUUACAGAUGCGGAAGAGCGUUUUCGGGCCGAGCAAGAACUGCAGCGUCGUGAUGCAGAGAGGAAGUGCAUCACCAAUGGCAUCCAGAUACCCAAGAAGGAGACAGUUGCUGGUACAGAGCUGACCUACCGGCCUUAUGAGGUCAAAGAGGAGCUUUCGGAGAACUCGUCACCGUCUUUCAACCAACUCAAGUCCACUCCUUUGAGCCCCUCUAUGUACUCUGCUGUUGUGCCCAUCCCCAGGCCUUCCUUAAUAGAUCAGCCUCCUGCUGCAGCACCCCUCACCCAGCACCUUCAUAUGCAUGGUUACAUGGAUGCUCGGCGCCAGCUAGGUGGUGGCUCCCCAGCAACAUCCUACCCCGGCCUCCCCUCUUACGCCACCCUUCCCCGACACUGCCCCACAACGCAGGUUCCCUCUCACCCCCAGUACAGCAACUCCCAAGGCCCUGCCUCCUUGAGUCCCUCUCGCCUUGCGCCCUCAUAUCCCCCCGAGUUUGAUCCACCAGACUACCCUGGGUCUGAACCUGCUGGUGGAUGUUACACCAACGGCUUCCGGGACAUGCGCUCCAACCUGGACUCUCGGAGUGGGCAACCCCCAGUCAGACACUACUCACUGGGCAGCGCCGGUGGCUUGUCCAGCCUGCAGUCCAGCCGCUGUCGGACACCCAGCUGCACCUACUAUGGACACCCUGAAACGGGCAACUACUGCUCCUACUGCUACCGGGAAGAGCUGAAAAAGAGGGAGCCAGAAGCAGCCAUUCACAGGUUCUGAAUGGACUUUGCUGUGGCUUGAAUUUGAUGAGUGGCCUUUUUCAGUAAAACGACAAAAAAAAAAAAGAUAGCGGCUCGGGCGGCUCAGCUUCAGAAUGGACGAGAGAAAGGCACAACCAGCUCCUUCCCUUUUUUAGCUGUGUCACUUCCUGUUGGAAUAGACCACCUCAGAAAAUGGCAAAUAAUCGACACAACUACAGAAUAAACAGGGUGGUUUCUGACUGCUGGGGUCGCACGUUAGACCGUAGAAUAAACUAACUGCACUUCUGUUACAUUUUGCUGUGGCUCUUAUGCAGGCGUUAUGUAUGAGUGUGUGUGUUAGUGUGUGUGUGUGCGUUUGUGUGUGAGCUGCAGGCUCUCCUCCUUUAUCAGAGUUUAACGCCUUGCUACUGUCUCCUAGUGGAGAGAAUGUAUAUCGCAGGCACCAUACGUGAAACUCACCAAGGCAAGGACAGUACUUGUACACAUAUACACUAAGUCAGACUCACACUACUUCAUAUACAGUGAUGCAAGCACAAACAGAAAAGGCACGAGUGUCUCUGCUGCAUUUGUGGUCUGUGAUAGUCUUUGGAUAAGUUAAUUAAGGGAUGUUUUGAAGUCACAUCCGGUGAGGGUGAUUUCAGUGUUAAACAUAUUUUUACACUACUGUUACUAGAUGCUUGUCUCAUAUGUACCUCGGGAAACAGCAGAAUUAAUCCUCGUCAAAUGGUUCUUUUCGCCAGUCACCAUUUGCGUAAUGCAAAUAGAAACGACCGUGCAAUGAUAAUGAUUAAGCAUUCUGUGGGCUGCUGUGGUGCUAACAUUACGGAAUGCAAACACAUAACUCUCCAUGCAUUGAAGACAACUGCUCCGCACUGUUGCUAGUUUAUUUUUGGCAAAACACUUUUCACUUUUUUUUCGGUACAAUUUGUUUGUCCAGAAAUUGGAUUAUGAAGAUGUCAUCCUUUUGAAGAUUAAAUGCAGCUGAUCACAGUAUUGCCAGGCACCAGAGAACAAAGAUGACAGUGUAACAUAGCAUGACUAUUCCCAGAGCCUGAUUAGCCAGAGUAUUUGUUUGUUGAAUGUUUUUUUUGGUCUUCCUCUUUCUAUAACAUCAGCUGGCGUUGAGGAAUUAUCAUCAUUAUUAUUAUAAUUAUUAUUGUGGCCAACUCAGGCAUUCAGUACCACACACUACAAAGUCAAAAUAUCACAUCCAUCACAACAGAUUUUGGAGACACCCAUCACAAGUAUAAAAUGAUGUUAAGUUAAAUUAUUGAAAGGUUAUAAUUUUGGAUUUCAGACAAGUACAUUAACUGUGUUUUAUUAAACAUGUUGGCAGAAUCUUGUUUUAAAGCGGUGAGGAUGUCUGUAGUUGUGACAUUUGUCUCCAGUUUCUGUUAGCGUGAGGCGAAUAGAUGCAUGCACUUUUGUUGGAUGUUGAUACGCAUUCGUGUUGUACUAACAACUUCUGACUAACUCAGUGCUUUAAAAUGUUACACUUAUUUCAUAGUAGCUCACGACCACACAAACAGUUGAAGUCAUUCAUUCAUGGUGUACUUGCUCAUAGGACAUCUUGACGCUUUUUGGUCCAGUCGCGCACUGAUUCUGAAGUUCUACUGAAGGCGGUUUCUCAACUUCUGACUUUUGUCCCGCCAGAUCCAGUUGUGUUACCUUUUUGCACAAAUUCAAGCACUUUCCUGAUGUCCAGAGUUCCAAAAGUUUUUACUGUUUUUGAAGUGGCCUGACUGUUGUCCUGUUCAUCUCUGCAGACACUGCCACCUCUGUUCAUGGGACAUCAGGGGCACAGGUCAGAAGGGUUUUUCUAAAGGAUUCAGUAAUUGUAGAGCUGCAGCAUUUUGGUGCCAGCGUCACCUUCUAACUCAGUUUCCUAGUUGCCUUUUUUUCCUCGUGGCAUCACAAUCCUGUCUGUACUUUGUGUAAGACGAACAUCAAGUGUCCACUGCUUGCCUGCAGUUUCUGCUACUACUGCCCCAAAAUGGAACAAAUUCUGAUUAUAUGGGAAUCAUAUUGAAGCUGUUAAGAUGCUGUUGUUAUCUUCAGAUAGGCAUAGGCCAUCAUCUAGUUGAUACAGAUGAUUUUCUGUAUGAGUCUUCCUUUUAAGUUCAGAUUCAAGGCUCUUGUACUAAUGUCAGAAUGACUACUUAAAUAUUUCAGUUAGUUAUUUUCAUUUGUUAUCCCCUAUGAAAAGCCAUGGUGUGGUAUUUCUUUUGAGGAAGUGCAACUCUAGUUGCUCUCCUUUUGUUCACUGAAUUUGUUUUUGACAUGAAGUCCAGAAAAGCACAAUUUAGUAUGCAAUUCACUGCCUUGCCCAGUUGAGGGCGCGCUUGUUUUGUUUUUUCCUUUUAUUUCUGUGUUGUGCAGCUUACCCUUGUGAUCUACACUCAAACUACUAACAAAAACAACCAACAUAUUGGGGAUUCAUUUUCAGUAGUGCUAAUUUAACACUGCGUGACACCAUAUUUCAAUAUUUUCUAUGUUACAAAAGCUGGUGAAGGAAGAAUGGGGUCUUUUUGCUGUGCAUUUAAAGUUAACACUAGAGUUUUAAUGACAGUAGAACACUGUUUUCCAAUGCUGCCCCCCACCCCCCCCAAAAAACAUUUACAUUUGCUGUGUUUAUGUGUGUUGACAUGUAUCCAUGCACUAGCAUUUUUUGAUUCAGAUUACACCCAUGAAGUGUUCCCUUACUGAAGGAUGGUGAUGCCUGAUAUUAAAAAUUGCGCUUGUGUGCAUACUCUCUCUCUCCCUCCAAAGUAAUAAUUAACUCACAAAACCAUUUUCAUUUUAUUUUUUUGCAAUGAAACGGAUGCCUGAGAAACAUGUAAAACAUAAGACUUUACAGGCUACAGAUACUUUUUUGUAUUUAAAUUAAAAAAACAAAGCAAUGAGAGGUUGUAUAAAUAUGUUCCAAGUUAUUUUUGUAUGCCCGAAGUUUCACAGUGUUUUUAAAAGGGUAAGAAUGUAUAUUGUUGGAUAUUAAAACAGAUAUGGAUGUCAAGGUUGUAAGAGACUGGAUUUGAGGUAUAAUUGGUGUUUACCAUAAGGUGACAUUUUGGCUGUCGAGGACGACUCCCAGACGGGACUCUCAGUACUUGAGACCCUCUCGUUUUAAACUAAUUUCCUCAGCGCUCACCUAACAAGAUACCAUUUGAGAGUAUAUAUUUAUAGCAAGAUUUUUUUAAUAGGUUUCUUUGUGGAAUGUUUAGUUACAACAUUUUAGGAUGUUCUUUCUCACAUGGCUAAUUGUCAAGUAGUCUGGAUUUUAUUUGUUUGUUGCUUCUUUUUUUUUUUUUUAAUUAAAUGUAAAUUUUGUUUACUUUUUUCUACAACCACCAAUGCGUGCUAUGCUAAAACAUGACGGUAACAUGUUCUUGUUGACCCAGCCCGUUUCCUCCAAACCAGAAGAGAAAUGGCUCAGAAUUAGUUUUGCGACGCAACUGACCCGAUAUAUUUUUAUAUAUUGUACAACACUGUAAUUUCUGUGUGGACAGAAUAUUCAUCAUCAGUGACAAUAACGCGGAAUACUUCGAGUUGCAUGGGACUGGAACUGUUGCAUGUAAAUGGCGAUCCAUUUUACCAAAUUUGUGCAUUAUUUUAACUUGAUUUCAUUUGUCCUGGUAUUUUGAUCUGUUUUUAUUUUUUAUGGUUUUAAUGUUUUGUUUUUUUUUUGAGAGGAGAGCCCUAAGGCUGUGUGACAGUGCAAUCUGGAUAGAAAGAACAUCAGAUUUUAUGUUAGGUUAUUAUUAUUAUUAUUAUUAUUAUAAUUAUUAUUUUAUUUUUUUGCACCGUUUGAAUAAAUUCCUCAUUGUAUUUCAAGAA